AUUAAUGAGUGAUAUUAGUGAUUAGGAACCAGAAAACUCAGAAUUUGAUGAUAAUUCAUAAAGUCAGUCAAUUGGAGGAGAAGAACUCGAUCCUGAAAUCUCUGGCAUAACCUAAAGCGAUGCAGAUUCAAAAGGUAUUUGUGGAGAAAUACAUUUAAUUUAGAAAAGCAGUCUGUUACAUCAGAAUCUGAUUCAGAUGAGGAAUACCAGAUUGUGAGAUCAGGAGGACCACUUUCUCAAAGCAGAGGAAAAAAAGUAAAUAAAGAUGAAAGAAUUACUCCACCAUUUUUGACAAAAUAUGAAAGAGCUAGAGUAAUUGGUACGAGAGCACUUCAAAUCAGUAAAAAUAGUCCUAUUUAUGUUGAUCCAAGUAUUAAAUGAUGGCAAUAUUUAAUAGAGGAAACAACAGAUCCAAUUUUGGUUGCAUAGCAAGAACUUAAUGAAAAUAAAAUACCCUUCAUUAUUAGAAGGUAUUGGCCCAAUGGAAACUUUGAGGAUUGGGAAUUAUAAGAAUUGGAGCGUUUAGAUUGAUUUAUAACACUCAAAAUAUUAAAUUAAU